AUGGGGCGCCUUGAGGGCUUCCUGAGGAAGCUUGAGGUACCGUACGAAGGCGGCACGAUCCCAAAUCGCUGGAUCAACAAUGACAUCAAGCCCAUCGAGAAGGGCCGGCGAACAUGGACGUUUUGGACCUUUCACAACCUCUGGGUGUUGACCAACACAAAUAUCUCGACUUACAUGACCGGAAGCUCGCUGAUUGCACUAGGGUUGAACUGGUGGCAGGCCAUCAUUGCCAUAAUUUUCGGGGCAGUCCUGUCGACCGUCUUUAUAGUGUUGAACAGCAUGCCGGGCGCUUUCUAUCACCUCGGAUUCCCGAUUGCCAAUCGCUACGUUUGGGGCAUGUAUGGCAGCUCCUUCGUCAUCUACAACCGAAUCCUCUUGUCGCUGGUGUGGUAUGCCGUGCAAGCCUGGAUCGGCGGGCAAUGUGUCUACGUCUGCCUGGAGGCCAUAUGGCCCAAUCUCGAACAACGCAUCCCCAACCACCUUCACGCCACGGGACUGACGUCUGCAUCGUUUCUGACCUACUGGAUCUUCUGCCUCAUAUCUCUGCCCCUGAUCUGGAUCCGGCCGCAUAAAUUGAAGGUGUUUUUCUACGUUGCCGUGGCGUCCAUCUUCACCUUUGAGAUUGUGCUCUUGAUCUGGGCUCUGGCGACCAUGGAUGGUUUUGGCGACACAAUCACCGGCCACCCGCAAACUCAAGACACUUCGAUCGGCUGGGCGGUCUUAUACGGCAUCAUCAGUGCCAUCGGAGGGAUCGCGGCGGGGAUCCUGAACCAGAACGAUUACGCGCGCUUCGCUCGUCGGCCCAGGGAUGCCAUUUGGGGCCAGAUUGCCAGCGCCGCGACGUACUCGAUCAUCAGCUCCGUCGUGGGGAUUCUUGUCACGGCGGCCACGCAAAGGCGAUACGGCGCUGCGCUGUGGAGUCUUCCGGAUUUGCUGAUUGCCAUGAUGCACGCGGGGGGUUCCAGGUCUCGAGCCGCGGGCUUCUUCGGCGGCGCUGCGCUCGUCAUCUCGCAAUGGGGGAUCAAUGUGCCCGGGAACGCACUGUCCGGUGGGUUCGACUUCGCCGCGACUUUUCCCCGGUACAUCAACAUUCGCAGAGGAGCAUAUAUUACCGCGGUGCUCUCCAUGGCGGUCAACCCGUGGCAAUUGCUCGCCACGGCCUCGACGUUUCUGGCCGUUUUGUCGAGCUAUGGCGUCUUCCUGGGUCCGAUGAUCGGGCUCAUGAUCUCGUCGUACUACAUUGUGCAUCGUGAAAAGAUCAAGGUGGAUGAUCUUUUCCGAGGGGACAGGACCAGCAUCUACUGGUACACCUAUGGGAUCAAUUGGCGAGCGCCAGUAGCGUGGGCAUGCGGCGUCUUCCCCUCGAUGCCGGGCUUUAUUUCAAACGUCAACAAUAGCGUGCAUGUGUCCUUGGGCUGGACGCACCUGUACUACAUUUCCUUCCUGGUGGGCUUUUCCAUCGCGGCCGUGGUUUUUGUCCUGUUGCAUCAUUUCUUCCCCGCGCCCAGCGUCAAGGACUUUGUGGUCAGUCCUGCGUCUAGCAAGGAGGUCAUGGCUGAGUACCAGGCCAAAUGGGACGCCAUUGCGGAAGAGGGGGCUGGCGAUGGUGUGGGUGGUGUACGGGAAGAACGGCAGAGGGUGCUGCCCAAGGACGUGCAGGACGUGGAGGGGUUUCCGAAGGACAUUUGA